AUGAUGCCCCCGUUGGCGCGGGACCCCAGUCCUAAUGCCACCUUCAAGUUCCCCGCCUUCCAGUCCGAUCUCCUGCCCGCGCCCGAGGAAGACCAGGGCUAUGGCCUCAGCUCGUCGCGGUCGGCGAGCCCCAGCCAUGCAGCGCAAGCCAACGGCAGCACAAACCCCGCAGACAGAUGGCAGCCGCGCAAAGAGGCGAGGUUCGGAGUGGUGAAUGCUGCGGCGCCAGGCCCCUCGACGAGACACGGGCGCCAGAAGAGCCUGAGCGAGGCCUUCAAGACGAUAAGGACGCGCAAGGGCAGUGUCAGCCAGAACGCCCACGAAAUCGCCGACGCGCUCAAGGCGCCGCUCUCGCCCAAGCUCGUCCUGCUUUGUGGUAUCUGGUACAUGACAUCCAUCUUCACAAACAUGUCGUCCAAAGCCAUCCUCACCGCACUGCCCAAACCCAUUACUCUCACGACGGUCCAGUUUGCCUUUGUAUCGGGCUGGUGUCUGGUACUUGCUGCAUUUGCAAGGAGGUAUCCGCGCUUCAAGCAAGCAAUGCCCUUUUUGAAGUAUGGAAUCCGUCCGCCCUCCAAGGAGCUGAUCAUGGCCACGAUGCCCCUCACCUGCUUCCAGAUUGGCGGCCAUAUACUGAGCGCCGAUGCUACGUCGAGGAUACCCGUGUCGCUAGUGCACACCAUCAAGGGACUUUCGCCGCUCCUCACCGUCAUGGCGUACAGCAUCUUCUUCAAGAUCCAAUACUCGCUACCCACCUAUCUCUCUCUGAUACCGCUGACCCUAGGUGUAGUGUUGGCCUGCUCAGCCGACUUCAACGCCAAUCUCAUUGGCCUCAUUUCAGCCUUUGGGAGCACCAUUCUUUUCGUGGUGCAGAACAUUGUCUCAAAGCAGAUCUUCAACGACGCCGCCGCUGCAGAGAAGGAUGGCCUCCCCCCCAACAAAUUCACAAAGCCAGACAAGCUUAACCUGCUCUGCUACUCUUCUGGCCUGGCGUUCCUGUUUACUCUCCCUCUCUGGCUGUGGUCUGAAGGCUUCACUCUCAUCUUUGACUUUUUGCACGAUGCCUCGAUCCAGCUCUCUGACCAUCCUGGCGCGCUGGACCAUGGCCGGCUUUUUAUCGAGUUUUUGUUCAACGGAACAUUCCACUUUGGACAGAACAUUGUGGCUUUUGUUCUGCUGUCCAUGGUGUCACCAGUAACGUACUCGGUUGCCAGUUUGAUCAAGCGCGUCUUUGUCAUUGUCUUCGCCAUUGUCUGGUUUGGAAAGCCAAUGACCAAGGUUCAAGCGUUUGGCUUUGUGCUCACAUUCAUCGGCCUCUAUCUCUAUGACCGCACGCACGACUCAGCCAAGGCAGAUAAACGCGCCAAAGCACUGCAGUCCAAGGGCCAUGGCACGCUGCUGCCUCUAUCGACCGAUGUCAAGUCGCGGCCCAUGUUCACGGCUAGCCCAUCUUCCAUGACGGCAACUGGCGCAUAUCCCAUGGCAGGCAUAUCCGAGUCAAGAGAUGAGAAGAGAGAUGACAGCUUAGGAGCUUCGGGAUUUAAACGAAUGUCUGAGUCGAGCGGCUCACAUUACCUGCCGCCAGGGACCAAGGCAGAGGAGACGUGGCGACACAACGACAUGAGUAGCAGUAGAAAGAGCAUAGGUGUUUCAUGA